AUGGUCGUUGUUCUACGAUAUGUAGACAAUAAUGGACAUAUAAUUGAACGUUUUCUUGGCAUUCAACAUGUGCGAGAUACAACUGCUAGUUCACUCAAGGCAACUAUUGAAGCUUUGUUUUCUAAACAUGGGCUAAGCAUAUCAAGAUUGCGUGGUCAGGGAUAUGAUGGAGCUAGUAACAUGCGAGGUGAAUUCAAUGGCUUGAAAGCACUUAUUCUAAAUAGCAAUCCAAGUGCAUAUUAUGUACAUUGUUUUGCUCACAGACUUCAAUUGACUCUUGUGGCUGUUACAAAGAAGCAUAAUGAAGUUGGAGAUGUCUUCAAUUUUAUUUCUAGCAUUAUAAAUAUAGUUGGAGCAUCAUGUAAAAGGAUGGAGGUGAUUAGAGAAAAACAAUAUGCUAGAAUUAUUGAAGGACUUGAAAAUGGAGAAAUUUCUAAUGGACGAGGCUUGAAUCAAGAAACUUCUCUUAGAAGGUAUGGUGAUACUCGUUGGGGCUCCCACUAUGUUACAAUUAUUUGUUUACUUGCAAUAUUUUCAUCAGUUCUUGAUGUGCUUGAGAUUAUAAGGGAGGAUGGGAUGAACUCAGAACAGAGAACAGAAGCAAUCGUUUUAACAGAUAUUAUGGAUUCAUUUAAUUUUGUAUUCAUGCUUCAUUGUUUGAGAAGGAUACUAGCAGUUACUAAUGAGUUCUCACAAGCAUUACAAAGAAAAGAUCAAGACAUAGAAAAUGUUAUGAGUUUAUUGAACACAUCAAAGGAACGAUUCAAAAUGAUGAGAGAGAAUGACUAUGAAUCUUUACUGGAAGAAGUGUCAUCUUUUUGCAUCAAACAUGAUUGA